CCCGCCCCCUUCCACGUCGACCUGCACCUUCGCCAUAUUUUCAGCCCUGUGCAUCCCGCAGCUCCGUGUCCCCUCUCCAAGUUGCCAGGAGAGCCUUCCUGUGUCUACUUGUGUCGGAUUAAACCGUGAAAAGCCCUCCUCGGCUUCCCAGCUGUGUCUGCUUGUAUUCGCGCCGCGCAACCAUGAACGUCUUCAGGCUGACAGGAGACCUCUCUCAUCUGGCUGCUAUCAUCAUCCUGCUGCUAAAAAUAUGGAAAACCAGGUCUUGUGCAGGGAUCUCUGGGAAGAGCCAAAUUCUCUUUGCCCUCGUGUUCACCACGCGUUACCUGGAUCUGCUCACCUCUUUCAUCUCGCUGUACAACACGUCCAUGAAGGUGAUAUACAUCGGCUGUUCGUACGCCACCGUCUACCUGAUCUACAUGAAGUUCAGGGCCACCUACGACGGAAACCAUGACAGCUUCAGGGUGGAGUUCCUGGUCGUUCCCGUCGGGGGUCUCGCUGUUCUCAUCAACCAUGACUUCUCUCCCCUCGAGAUCCUUUGGACGUUCUCCAUCUACCUGGAGUCUGUGGCGAUCCUGCCUCAGCUCUUCAUGAUCAGCAAGACCGGCGAGGCCGAGACCAUCACCACUCACUACCUGUUCUGCUUGGGCCUGUACCGGGCCCUCUACCUCUUCAACUGGAUCUGGCGUUACUACUUCGAGGGCUUCUUCGACAUGAUCGCCAUUGUGGCAGGCGUGGUGCAGACUGUCCUCUACUGUGACUUCUUCUACCUUUAUGUUACCAAAGGUGGGAUGAAGAUUGAGCUCUUUGGUCACAUUGAUGAGAACAAAAGCUUGGAGGAGCUGAAGUUGUUGAAAGGUAAGAAGCUGAGCCUGCGGCGGUUAAAGGGCGCUGGAGGAGACCGCAGCUCCCAGCAGACUCGGUGGGAGGAUUACAUCAACACAAAAGGUAGAGUCCCGAGUACCUUGUUUGACUUUAACCUGGUGUGA